AAAGGAAGAGAGCGCGCUACAUAGCCGCAGCUCAGCCUGUGACGUAGAGGUGUGCGUGGCCGGGCCAGCCCGAAGGUGGUAGCGACUAGCUGAGGACAGAGCCCUAUUGCGGGGGGAGGGGCGAAUAGAAAGAAAAACAUAGAGACACCCGGUGGGUUAGAUAAUUGAUAUCAGACACCCGCCUUCAUUCGCCCCCUGAGACGUGUGUGGGCGGCUCCGGGUUGUAGCGUGUCCCGGAUAUUGUAGGGGGGGCACCACCACCUCCUCUUCUUUCUCCGCCUCUUCCUCGGCUCUCUCCUCCUCCGCCCAGCUCGCCCGAAUACCCGCCCGGCACCGGCAGCAGCGAGAGCAUCAUGGCGCUGAAGCGGAUCCACAAGGAACUGAAUGAUUUGGCCCGUGAUCCUCCAGCACAAUGUUCUGCAGGCCCAGUUGGAGAUGACAUGUUUCAUUGGCAAGCCACAAUUAUGGGCCCUAAUGACAGUCCAUAUCAAGGCGGUGUUUUUUUCUUGACGAUCCAUUUUCCAACAGACUACCCCUUCAAACCUCCCAAAGUUGCGUUUACAACGAGAAUCUACCAUCCAAAUAUUAACAGCAAUGGCAGCAUUUGUCUUGACAUUCUCAGAUCACAGUGGUCCCCAGCUUUAACUAUUUCUAAGGUUCUUUUGUCAAUUUGUUCACUGUUAUGUGACCCCAACCCAGAUGACCCUCUAGUGCCAGAGAUUGCACGGAUCUACAAAACAGAUAGGGAAAAGUACAACAGAAUAGCCCGGGAAUGGACUCAGAAGUAUGCCAUGUGAUGCUACCUUCAAGUCUAAAUACACCUGCAUUAUAGCUGGAAUAAAAUAAACUUUAAAUUACUGUUUUCCCCUCCCUUUCAGACCUCAUCUACUUACCCCCUCCUAAUUUUUUUUUCUUUUAUUUUGUGCUGCCUCCCUUCAUGCACAUGCUCAUAUGGGAAGACUUUAGCUCAGCAUUGGACAGAAACUGCUCUAGACUGUCAAGUAGUUGCCAGAAUUCAAUUACCCAAGAUCCUUAAUCUUAACAAACUGAGCAUGUGUUAAAACAUGGCCGCCGUCUUCACUGUAACUUGGUUAUGAGAUAAACCCAUCCCUCAUUUCUUACUGAAGUGGUGAAGAUUAGAGCCUUUUGUUUGGGGUAGGGAGGGGAAAGUGUCAGGAAAAAUUAAAUUAAAAAAAAAAGUAAAAUUUAAAUCCUCUUGUCUUAUUGUAGAGUUCAGCAAUGUGGAGUUACUAUGGAUAUUUUGGUCACAACCUCCAGACGUUAAAGAUUUUUUUUUCCCCCCCCAUUUACUUUAUGCUCAUAACUGAUGUUUUGGGUGGAGAAUUGGUGUUGAAAUUUAUAUAGCCACAGAAGUUAUGUAUUUUAUGCAUGUCAAUAAACAUGACAGAUUGAAAUUGGAAGGUGAACCCCCAUUAAAUAACAGAUAGGAUCAAAAGUUUUGUAAUUUUUUUUUCAUUGAUGUUUUUAUUUUAUUAUUUUGUGGAGGCUGAGCUAUUAGUUCAUCUCUCUUCCAAAACACUGUUAAUAUAGCACUGAAUAAAAUGAUUCAAGAGUCGAUGGAUGACUGAUCAACUAAUAGCUCCAUUUUUUUUUUCUUCAAUAAAGUUGCAUAAACCAAUGUGUUAGCUGCCUGAAUUAAUCAUUGUGUUCAACCUUAUUUUCUAUGUAAAUUCAAAAGAUCUGUGUGUAUAUAAAGUUUGGAUUUUGUUCUGUUUGACGUCAAAUAGUGUAAAGAGCAUAAACUUUUUUUUUUUUUUCUCCUCCCUUAUGUUCCUUUUAAAGCUGUUUAUGCACUUGUAUGCCAAAUGAGUCAAUUAUUGCCCAUCCUUGGCACAAAUUCCGGCGUUUUGUAUCGGACUGGUCGUGGGGGAGGGGGUGCCGGUUUAAAGUAACCUGGCUUAGCAGCCUGAACUAUAUUAUGGGCUAAUAAAGUUUUCCUAACUUGUGGAACACUGAGCUUCAGAUAGCCAUCGGUCCCCAUGUAGUGUGAGGUCCACGUGGGCGUAUUCUACACGACCAAAUCCUGCCUGUCUGUAGGCAAUAUGGGUCUCGUCGUGAAGCUUGUUUAAAAGUGAUUUUUAUUUUUUUCUCCUUUUAUGUGAGAUGUUAAUUAGAUUGAAAAGAUUUUUUUUUUUUUUUUUUUUUUGCUCUGCUGUUUACAAGAUGCGUAUUUUAGUGCAAACUUCAAGUUUAAUCUCUAGGUGACUUAUCAUGAAUGAAUAAAAGCAGUACUGUCGUUUUUUCAUUUCACAAUAAAAAAAAAAAAGCUGUCUGUG